AUGGCGGCCGCGCCGCCCAAGGACAGAGAUGCGGCCCGCUCACGCGAGGUGCGGCAGUGCCUCGAGAGCUGGCAGACGGCCCAGGGGUCGUCCAUCAACGUCGCCCUCAAUGUCGACAACAUUGGCUUCGCCAACCUGCAGCGGACCGGCUACACGCCGCAGGCAUCGCCCGACCGGACGCUGACGGCCUUUGCGCAGCUCGCGGUGCUGCGCCUCGGCGUCGAGCGAGCCAUGGUCUCCCUCAUCGAUAGCUCGACCCAGACGAUCCUGGCCGAGGCAACGCAGGAAGACAGCCAUUCGCCGGCGGACGACCUGCCGCAUGCCCCCGCGACCUUGUGGUUGGGCACCACUGUCCUCGCCCGCCACGAUGCCGUCUGCGAGCACUGCCUCGACGGCUCGUACACGCCGCCCCCCUCGACGGGCCCCGACGGCAUGCCGCAAAAGAGCCACACGACGCAGGCCUUUGUGGUGCCCGACUGCAGCCUCGACCCGCGCUUCCAGAACCGCCCCUAUGUCCGCGACAGCCCCUUUAUCCGCUUCUACGCCGGCGUGCCCAUCAUCUCGCGCAGCGGCCACAAGAUUGGGGCCUAUGCCGUCUCCGAUGGGCGGGCCCGGGCCGGGCUCGACCUCCGCGACGUCCAGUUCAUGCAGGGCAUGGCCCGGACCAUCAUGGAGCACCUCGAAUGGGCCCGCGACCGCGUCGACCGCUUCAAGGGCGAGCGCAUCGUCCGCGGCCUCGCCGCCUUUGUCGAGAGCUCCUCCGGCCCUGCCGCCGACGCGGCACCGUCGCGCCCGGCCUCCACCGCCUCGUCCGAUCGCCUGCCGCGGUCGCCGCCCGUCGCCAUUAACUCCCCGCGGCACCCCCUGACCCGCCAGACGUCGUACUUUGGCCCGCGGGACGUGGGAGUGGCCAGCACACAGCCGGCUCAGCAAGGGCUGGGGAUCCAUGAAGCCCUCGAAGUGAGGACGCCUGGCUCGCUUCGCUCUGCCUCUGGGCCGCGGAAGCCGUCCAGGGGUCGCGGUCAGGACAAGGAGGGCGUCACGGCGAAGCUGGACGCCAUGUCGACAAUGCUGCAACAGGCUGCCGACAUUCUCUGCCAGUCGACCCUCGCCGAUGGCGCAGUCAUCCUCGGCGCCUCCGCGAGCACAUCACGGCAGACCAGCUGGGCGGCAGCCACGGCGAUGCACGGCCUCAGCUCGUCCGACGAGGAUGAGCCUGCCUUGCCAUCAUCGCCUGGUGUACCAGAUGGCGUCAAGGACGUCCUGGAGAACAUGGCCAGCCCGUCCAGCUUCCGGGGUGACAAGCUGUCCCGGGUGCUGGCCUAUUCCAUCAUCGACCAGCAGACCCGUGCCAUGUUCGAGCAGGGCCAAGGUGCCCUGACACUGGGCACGCUUGAGCGGUACUAUACAAUGUAUCCCAAGGGCAAGACCUUCUCCUUCACGGGCCACGGAGCCACCAUCACCUCGGAAGACGACAGCGCCAGCGAACGCGAGACGCCGCUCGAGCCGGGCUCGAAACUGCAAAUACCCCUGAGCCACGAUCACAACAACCACCAUGAGCGACUUCCGCACUCUCGCCACCACCACCAUCGUGCACGCAGAAAGCCCCAGGCAGACCACACGGAGCUCCUCCAGCGCAUCCCCGGCGCCAAGACGGUCAUCUUUGUGCCGCUGAUCGACCACACCGAGAAUAGCUUCUCUGGCGGCUACUUCCUAUGGACAUCCGUGGCCGGCCGCCUGAUUACGCUCGACACGGACCUCUCGUACCUGCGAGCCUUUGCCAACAGCAUAAUGAGCCAGGUCGCCCGCAUCAGUGCGCAGAAGAACGAGGCGGCCAAGACAACUUUCAUCGCCAGCAUGAGCCACGAGCUGCGCAGUCCCUUGCACGGGAUCCUCGGGGCCGCCGAGUUCCUGACCGACACCUCGGCCGACUCGUUCCAGGCGGGCCUCAUCUCAUCCAUCUCCACCUGCGGCAAGACCCUCCUCGACACGCUCAACCACGUGCUCGACUACAGCAAGAUCAACCGGCUGGGCCGCUCGCGGCGCCGGCGGUCGACCAACAAGGAGGACGAGCCGAGCCGCGGUGGUGCAAUCUCAUCCGACUCGCUCGACAGCCUCAACCUGACGGCCGUCAUCGACCUAUCGGCCCUCGUGGAGGAGGUCGUCGACGCCAUCGUCACGGGCCACACCUUCAAGGCACUGCCCGGCACCGUCGUGUCGCAGGCCAAGCAGUCGCCCAUCAUCAGCGGGCUCACCAGCUCGAGCCUGAACAGCAACAACACCAACAAAAAGCCCCAGCCGGUCUCUGUGAUGCUGGACAUCACGCCGCCCGGCACGUGGCUGGUGCGCACGCAACCCGGGGCCCUGCGGCGGAUCGUGAUGAACCUCUUUGGCAACGCGCUCAAGUACACGUCUGCGGGUUUCGUCAUGGUGGCACUCAGCGUCAAGCAGACGACCGAGGCCGCUCAGACGGACGUCCUGAUCCGCGUCAUCGACAGCGGCAAAGGCAUGUCGGCCGAGUUCCAGCGGGACCGGCUCUUUGUCCCCUUUAUGCAGGAGGACCAUUUCCAGCCCGGCACGGGCCUGGGCCUUAGCAUCGUCAAGCAGAUUGUCGACUCGCUCGGCGGCUCCAUCGAUGUGACGUCGGAGCAGGGCAAGGGCACCGAGAUCGACGUCCGGGCCAGCCUGCCCACGGCCGUCGAGCACGGCAUGCUCGACCAGGAGCUCGCGUGGAUCCGCAGGCACGCCAGGGGGCUGCGCAUGGUCAUCCUGGACACCGACAUCGAAGCGCACGGGGGCAAGGUCGCCGCCAGGCAGGCGGACCGGCUGCACCAGGCCAUUGCCAAGACGUGCAAGACGUGGUUCGGCCUCGACGUGGUCCACGAGCAGGACCGCGGCGCCGGGCUUGACGCGGACCUCUUCAUCUACUGCGAGCCCCCCUCCAUGGAGGCCCUCGAGCAGCGCUUCAGGGACGACAAGACGCUAUCCCGCCGCAAGUGGCAGAUCCCCGUCAUCAUCGUGUGUCUCGACGCCCAGGAGGUGCUGCGGAUCUCGCGCUCCCAAAAGGAGACGCUGGCAAAGGGCUAUGGGAGGAUCGUCGAGCUCAUUCCACAGCCAUGCGGACCUCGCAAGCUGGCAAAAGUGAUUGAACUGUGCCUGCGCAAGGCCGAGGAGCUGGCAUACAAGGCGACGCCGGGCGACGAGGACCACCUCUCCUCACCCAUGCAAUUCGAGAGCAAGAAGAAGGGGCCUACAGCAGAAGAACAGAAACGCAGGGAUGGCUUGAGCCUUGAAGACCGCGAUCAGGACGUGCUGCAGACAGACCCAACUUCCAUCCCGAUGCGGCCGAUGGAAGACGACGAGAAGGACGGGCAGGUAGACGACGGGGCCAAUGGCAAUAGUCAUGACAACAACGACGAAGGCCGGGACCUAGAGGCACCCGAGGCAGAGGCAUUGAAGGAGAUGGAAGUCCAGCAGCACGAGGGCAACAAAGACGGUGGGGUCGACGCCGUGCACGUCGAAGCUCCGCAACCAGCUGCCAUCAUGCAAGAUGCACAGAAACCCCCACAGACAUCCAACAACGAGGCCGAGCCGCUACGCGUGCUCGUCGUCGACGACAACAAGAUCAACCUGCAGCUCCUCGUCAUGUUCAUGAAAAAGUGCGGCUUCUCCUACGAAGAGGCCGAGAACGGCAAGGAGGCCCUAGACCACUACACGGCGGCCGCACACGCCCGGAACAGCGCCCAGGGACCGCCCUCGGACAGGGACACGGACAGGCCUCGGCGGGCAGCCUUCGACUGGAUCCUGAUGGACAUCAGCAUGCCCGUCAUGGACGGGAUCGAGGCCACGCAGCGCAUCCGCGAUUUCGAGCUCGAGCAGGGCCUCGCGCCGGCCACUGUGGUCGCGCUGACGGGGCUCGCGAGCGACGAUGCGCAGCGCGAUGCCAAGCUGGCGGGCGUGGACAUAUUCAUGGCCAAGCCGGUGAGGUUCGCGGCCCUCAAGAAGGAGAUGUUGGCCACUUCAAAGGCCCUGCCACGCACGGGGGACAAUUCUUCCGCUGGUUGA